AUGUCUUACGUACGCCAUGCUGAUACAGCUAGUGCCCUCGACGCUAUCUUGGACGCAAAAGCAAACAGUCUAGUAGUCAUUGACUUUUAUGCGAAUUGGUGUCAGCCCUGCCAUGCCAUAUCGCCGGUUAUCGAUGCGUACAGUAAAACGGUCAGUGUCUACGCGUAUAUCACGUUCAGUUGGGUAUCUGACACCAUAUUUAAGUAUCCUCAUGUUACCUUUGUGAAAGUAGAUACAGAGAAAUUGCAGGACGUGGCCAAAAAAUAUAACGUAAAGGCCAUGCCCACGUUUCAUUUCAUAAGGGACAGGAAGAUCGUAGACACGGUUUUGGGCGCGGACAAGGAAGAAAUAAGAGGUGCUAUUGCUCGUCACGCAGGCUCCUCAGUUGCAUCCACCUCUUCCUCAGCUGAAACCUCAGACGUCUCUUUACUUGAAUUCGUUGAUCGCCCACAAAUCAACUGCCUCAACGAACUCAGCGAACACACGCUCAAGUCUAUAUUAACUGGCCAUUCUCGCAACACGUCGGAGUCAUAUCUAGAAAGUGACACUGAUGAGCAACUCCUCCUUAACAUUCCGUUCAACCAAACGGUGCGGGUGCGAGGAAUCGCCAUCCAGAGUAAAGAUUCCUCUCGGGCACCUAAACUGAUCAAGAUUCAAGUUAAUAAUCCAAAUGUUGGAUUCGAAGAUUUACAAGAUGCCGUUGAACCACAAGUGGCUCAGAUCAUUGAGCUGACUGAAGAGCUGACGAGCACAGGGAAAAUGAUACCUUUACGCUUUGAGACGAGGAACAGACGAGGAUAG